GUGAUCAAAUGGUAAAAAGUGCAUGCGAAUGCAUUCAAAACCUUCUAAUUUUAUAAACCAACAUUUCCUAUCAUUGCACCGAUGGUCUUCAAGACACGUUAUAUGGAUAAACUCAGAACGACUGAUCGAUUAUGACGAGAAAUUAUGGCGCGCUGUCCCGGCUACUAACAUUUAAAGCAGCGCUCAGUAUACUGCCCUAAGUUCGGCUGAAAACAUUUUCGAAUAUGGACGACCGGACAAUAGAUUUGAUUUUUGCGGGCUCCCUAGAGAGCCUGCCACCAGUUAGCUCAAAAAUUGUAAGAAUAUUUACAAGUUCCACAUUCACAGACACCACAAUGGAACGGAACACCCUAAUGGCCAAGUGCUACCCUAAGAUUAAAGACUAUUGUAGAGAGAAGCACGGACUAGAAUUUCAGGUUGUAGAUAUGAGAUGGGGUGUAAGAGACGAAGCUACAGACGAUCACAUGACUACGGAAUUAUGCAUGAAGGAGAUUCAAAAUUGUCAACGAUUAUCCAUGGGCCCUAAUUUUGUGGUAUUCCUUGGUCAAAAAUACGGUUAUCGGCCUAUACCUACAUACAUUCUCUCUUCUGAGCUUCAGUUGAUAAGGGACGAAUUGCAUGCCACUGGACAUGAUGUUCUUUUAAUUGAUACUUGGUAUCGGAAAGACAGCAACGCCGUGCCCCCUAUUUCUGUUCUACAACCCAUUUCAUCCAUUUUGAUCAAUUUCAACAACAAACGAAUUCCGAAGCUGCAGGCCGAAGAUCAAGCCAAAUGGUGGGAUACUUUAGCAAAAUUCCAAAAAUUAUUUCGAAAGGCUGCUGCCUCACUGAACCAGCAGGGGAAAAUGGAUAAUGAUGCUAUGCACAACUACUUCAUGUCGGUGACUGAGCGGGAAGUAAUCAACGGGAUUUUGAGCGUGAAGAAUACAAAAAAUCACUGUUUGGCUUACAUCAGGAUGAUCAACAACAUCAAUUUGCAAAACCUGAAAAAAGCAUCCCUGUUUGUCGACAUCAUAAACAGAAGUUUGGAUACAGAAUCCUCGAAACUGCUUGGCGAUCUACGCGAUGUUCGAUUGCCCAACAAAAUCGAGACAAGCAAUUUUCAAAAGUACACUGUGGAAUGGAUUGGUAGAGAAGGAUUGGACCCUGAAACACACGAGGAAUACCUAAAGCACUUCAUAAUGCAUUUUUACAAGAACAUCGUCAAAUUGGUGGAUAGAGCGAUGCGAAAAGAGGACUCUAGCGCUCAAGGACAAAUCGUCACCGAAAUCCUUCAACAUUUGCAUGCCUGCAACAAUUCAGUGAAGGUGUUCUACGGUAGAGAGGAAAGCUUGGAGCGCAUCCACCAAUAUAUGUUGGGCGACUCCGAUAAAUUGCUGGUUUUAUACGGGGAAGGUGGCUGCGGUAAAACAUCGCUAUUGGCCAAAGCUGCCAGUUUAUCAACGUCGAAAGCCUGGUUUGCCGGUGCUAAACCAAUGAGCAUCGUUCGAUUCUUAGGCACCACUCCAGAUUCCAGCGCUUUGACUCCCACUUUAAUAUCCAUAUGUCAGCAAAUAUCCUACAACUUCAUGUUUCCUUUCGAUACAAUCCCAGACGAUCUGGUACCACUAACUGCCCAUUUCAAGCAACUGCUAACCCUGGCAACAAAAGAACAACCGCUGCUACUGUUUCUGGACUCAGUGGAUCAGCUUACUGGAACAGCCGAUGCGAAUAAAGUCUCAUGGAUACCCACACGGCUACCGAAACACUGCAAAAUAAUUGUGUCCUGUGCUUCUGAAGAGUCUAAUCCCGAGGCUUCGAAGGAAUACCUCAUACUGCGACGAAUGAUUGAUGUCGACGAAAAUUUCAUUGAAGUUAAGGCUUUGGGGGAAGAACUGGCAAUGAAAGUCAUCAAGAUGUGGAUGAAGACUGCUUGUCGGGACCUGACGAACUACCAAUGGAGACUGGUGUCCAAUGCCAUAGACAAAUGUAGUCUUCCAAUUUUCGUCAAGCUGGUGUUUGCGGAAAUUUGCCGAUGGAGAAGCUACACGAAGAGUCAGGACACUCACUUGGCGUCAACAGUCAUGGAUUCCAUCAUGAUGUUAUUCGAGAGGAUUGAGAAACAGCAUGGGAGAAUACUAGUGUUCCAUGGCUUGGCCUACAUCACAGCAGCCAAGAGCGGCUUAUCCGAAUCUGAGCUGGAGGACCUGAUUUCCUUGGACGACAAAGUCCUGGAUGAUGUUUACCAAUACCACUUGCCACCAGUGCGAAGAAUUCCACCCCUCUUAUGGACGCGAAUCAGGAACGAUCUCCCAAACUAUCUAUCGGAAAGGGAGGCUGAUGGGGUGAGCGUGAUGAACUGGUAUCACAGGCAAUUCAGAGACACCGCAAAAGAAAGGUAUUUCAAAAACAUGAACAUGGCAACCUAUUUCCACUCAAUGAUAGCCGAUUAUUUCCUGGGCAUAUGGGGAGGCGGCAACCCUAAACCGUUCAAAUACACGGAAAUUCAACGACACAGAUUCAACCUUACUGAUAAAGAAGGGGCAGCUGAUCGAAAAGUGCCAGUUCAGCCUCUGGUAUUUUACUCCAAAGACGGCAAAGUGUCCAGAUACAACCUCAGAAAGUUUGGAGAGCUUCCCUAUCACCUAGUAAGAUCCAGAAGAUUUACCGAUUUGUAUGAGAACGUUUUAUUCAAUUAUGAAUGGUUGCAUGCAAAGCUGUCCAGUUGUCCUCUUCAGUCGGUUCUGUCCGACUAUGAAGACGGCUGUAUUCAUAUCGACGAUAAAGAUUCAAAAAGAGAACUUAUGUUAGUGGCGGAUGCACUGCGCUUAGGAGGCGCUGUCUUAGGACCGUACCCUAAUAUGUUAGCGCCUCAGCUAAUAGGCAGACUUUUACCCGAAGUAGCCCAGAACCCUAAUGUGAAAAUGUUGCUCAAUGAUUGCGACUAUAAGGGACCAAUCCAUUGUGCGCUUCUUCCUCUAUAUCACUGUUUGCACACACCGGGAGGGCCUUUAAAGUAUUCACUCGAGGGGCAUCAGUUCGCAGUAUUUUCUAUUUGCCUCACCUCAGACUAUCGAUACAUCAUUUCAGUGAGCAAUAGAUUUAUUACUUGGGAUCUAUCUACUAGUGACUUGACCAGAGAUGUUAAUCCUAACAUUGAAGGAAUCAUGCAGCACUUGGUGCUUAGCCCGGAUAAUAAAUGGGCGGCCGCCUACACGAACAAUAACCAAACGGUUUUAUUAAACAUGCUAUCCAGCGAAUUCAUCAUUUUUGAAAAUCCUUUGGAAGAAGGCAGCAGUGUUACAGGAGUAUAUUUGCUGAACCACAACAUAUUCAUUUAUGGUGUUGAUGCCUGGGUGAAGUUCGACAUGCGAGGCAACAGGGAGGAAGACUUUCACAGUCCGUUGGAGAAAGACACUUGGCCGAUUCUAAUGAUAGAGUGGGACAAUAAGGCAGAAUGCAGACUGAUCUUCUGGAAAGACAACCUAGAUGACGCCAGAAUGAAGCUGCUCUAUAAAGCUGAAGAGGGAGACUAUUUUAUUUCACAUGACUUCCUCAGUGCUGUGGUUCUUACCAAAGACAAGUCGACUCUAUACACAUGCACCACAGAUGGAGUCUAUGGUGUUUCAAAGUAUUGCAGAAAUAUUGCAAGCAAAUGUUGGGAUAAGGAAUGUGACCUGCCGCGAAGCGCUAAAGAUGCGACUGAAGCUAUUUUGCAGCUGAAAUUGGACCAGCACGACCAAAUCCUAUUUGGCACUACGAGCAACGGCUUUGUGAUAUGGGACUUUAGUGAAGAGGGGCCGUUGGAUGACAGCAGCGCAAUCGUUCUAACUUUACCGUAUGGUACUCGAAACAUCGUUACGAAAAUGAUGCAUUCAAACUCCAUAAUGCUUAGCGGGCACAAGAACUAUGCUAUAGCAGGUGUCAGAAAGAACCUGUAUGUAUGGAGCAUCGAUACAAAAAAACUAGUGAAAAUCUUGGACGCUCAUUUCGGUAGAAUCAUCCAAUUGGAGCCUUUAACUGUGGGAAAUUGGAAUAGCAUAGUGACAUCGUCCAUUGACCGAACGGUCAAAGUAUGGAACAUCAACAACAUCUUUGAACAAGUCCAUGUAAUCGAUCGACACGAGUUGCAAGUGGAUUCUAUAAGCUUAUCGGACAACUUGAGCUUAGCUGUGACCGCAACAAGAAACUGUGUGGGAGUUUGGGACUUAAGAGUGGGCAAAUUGAUGGCAAAACUAGCAGAUAGUCCGUUAGGAGCUAUUGUAACCCAUGCGAUUAUCACCCCCGAUGGAAAGUAUAUAAUUUCUGCAGAGACCGGCAAUAUUCUCAUUUGGCUUCGUUUAACUGAACAAGUGAUAUUCAAAGAUGAACAGCUUGGCAUUAAGCAGCUCACUCUAAUAGAUGAUGGCACUAAAAUAUUGUCCAUUUCCAAGCCCAAUAAUCCUCCUGGAACAGACUUUGUGAGAACGACAGCCACUGCGUGCGUACGAGAGGUGCCAAGUGGCAAUAAGCUCUAUACUUUUGAAUACCCGGUGCGUAGCAUAACGGGGGUACCAUUCAGAAAAGCAGUAGUCACCUCGGAUAAUCAGCACUUGGUUAUUUCAGCGGCAGAUAAAACCAACAGAGAUUGCAUCAUGACUUAUAACGCUCAAAACGGGAAUUUGGUUCAAAGAAUACCUUUGAAAAUGUGCGGGAUAAAGGACAUUGCCGGUUUGGUUGCAAUGCCCCAUAAAGGCCACCUUGUAGCGGUCAUGGCUACGGACAAAGGGGCCAUUAUAGACAUCAGGAAUAAAAAACAUCUAAGGUCGAUUCCAAAAUGGGGUGGAAGUGUGACUAAAGACGGAAAGUAUGGACUGUAUGCUCCACAACGGGGUGGUUUGGAGCUUAUAGAGUUGAAAAAAGGAACAACUGUCAAGACCUACAUUCCCAAAGUGGCAGAAGGGGUUUUCACGAUAAUUUGCGUCUUUAACAAAACCGAUGAGUAUGUUUUGUAUUACCACAGUGGCAGAAAAACUCUAAGGGUGUUCAGGACUAAUGAUGCUGAAAUGGUUGCAAACUAUCGAGUCCAAGCCGAACUUACAUCAGUAGAAAGCACUCCUGAUGGGAAUGCUUUGGUAUUAGGUACAGUGGAUGGUUGUGUGUCGGUUUUGGCAAUUCUCGACCCGCUUAAAAAUAGUAUUAACGAAUAUUUGAUUGGCAUGCCGUCCAGGGACGAAGGGUGGAAGAAAAAAGUUGAAAAGAUGCGAGCGCAUACGAGAUUUAAAGCAGUCCAGCAUAUUGCAAAGCUUUCAACAACAUUUUCCAAUGAAACCGGAUCAAUUAACGCAAAAAAUAUAGAGGUAAUCACCGAAGAUAGCGAGAAAGGUACCUAGUUUUUGUCUGGAAAAUGCUGCGAUAAUUUAAGGAAAGUUUGCAAACGAUUGCAAUGUUUUUGCAUAUAAUUUGCCAAAUAUUACUUUUUGCAUUAUUCUUUUUAUAAUUAAAUAAUGAUUCAACUAUUGGAAUAAUGUUUCACAAAACAAGCUCUAAAUACAGUUAACGGUAAGCUUCCCCAUUGCAGUUUUCCUUUAGUAAACUUAUGUAAGUAGCAGUAAAUUAGCAGAUAAAUUUGAUGAGUGCUUUGUAAUACUAAUUUUUUAAAAUUGGUAUUAAAUAAUAAAAGCAUUGUUCCGAGAUCAA